AUGUUCAACUCGGAACUCAUCCAUCCAUCCCUAGCAAAAAAAUGGAGAUCGAGGAAUUACCUUCAGAAGAACAUGAACAGAUCCUUGACGUUCAAGUUGAGAGCAGUUCAUCCCCCAUUUUAGACCCUUUUGUGCUUUCCUUCAAGAACUUAACUUACGACGUCAAAGUUAGCAGCAAAACGGGGUUCCCCUUUCUUUGGAAGAAAUCCAGUGUUUCUUCAGAAACUAACACUAAGAGCUUGCUCAAAGGUAUCUCAGGUGAAGCAAGAGAAGGCGAGAUCAUGGCGAUUUUGGGUGCAAGCGGGUCGGGUAAAUCGACCCUGAUCGAUGCACUUGCAAACCGGAUUUCGAAGCAUAGUCUCAAGGGUACCAUCACUUUGAAUGGGGAGGUCUUGGAUUCUGGCCUCUCCAAGGUGAUUUCAGCUUAUGUUAUGCAAGAUGAUCUUCUGUUUCCGAUGUUAACAGUUGAAGAGACUCUCAUGUUUUCCGCUGAGUUCCGGCUUCCUCGCUCGGUUUCCAAGAAGAAGAAAAGGGAAAGGGUUCGGGCUUUGAUUGAUCAACUAGGGUUGAGAAAUGCUGCGAAGACAGUGAUCGGUGACGAAGGUCAUCGAGGUGUUUCGGGAGGUGAACGAAGGCGAGUUUCGAUCGGAAUCGAUAUAAUUCAUGAUCCGAUACUAUUGUUUCUAGAUGAACCAACUUCGGGUCUCGACUCAACAAGUGCAUUCAUGGUUGUUAAGGUCCUUAAACGAAUUGCACAAAGUGGAAGCAUAGUAAUAAUGGCGAUUCAUCAACCAAGUUCGAGAAUUUUAGGACUAAUUGAUCGUUUGAUAAUCUUAUCACAUGGAAGAACAUUAUACAACGAUUCACCGGCGAAUCUCUCACGGUUCUUCAGUGAUUUCGGUCAGCCAAUUCCGAGAAACGAAAAUCCAUCCGAGUUCGCACUUGACUUGAUCCGUGAACUCGAAGAAACACCAUCGGUAACCCAAAAUUUAUUCGAAUUCAACAAAUCCUGGAAAGCAUCAUCAAUGGAUGAUACUGACGGUGAUGAUGAUAUUGCUUCCAACAAGCGAACUACUCUUCCACUUAAAGACGCCAUAGGCAAAAGCAUUUCCCGUGGAAAGCUAGUCUCCCGUGGUGGUGUGAAUCAGUCAUUAUCAGUUCCAUCAUUCGCCAAUCCAUUUUAUAUAGAAGUGAUGGUACUAUCCAAACGAUUGUUAACGAACUCGAGACGAAUGCCGGCGAAGUUCGCCGUCCGAUUAGGAACCAUAACAGUCACCGGAAUAGUCCUCGCCACCAUGUUUUGGCAGCUCGAUAACUCCCCUGCUGGCGUUCAAGAACGAUUAGGAUGCAUAUCCAUUUCCAUCGCCACAAUCUUCUUCAACUGUAUAACCGAAGUCCCCACUUUCAUUCAAGAACGAUACAUCUUCAUGCGAGAAACAGCUUACAACGCUUAUCGUCGUUCCUCGUAUGUCCUCGCUCGUUCAAUUACCCACAUUCCAUUACUAUUCAACCUUGCCCUCACCUUAUCGUUGAUAACGUUUUGGACCGUCGGCCUCGCCGGCGGCGUCACCGGGUUUUUAUUCUUCUUCGUCACAAUCCUCGCUGCGUUUUGGGCAGGAAGUUCAUUCGCGGCUUUUAUUUCAGGGCUUAUACCCGAUGUAUUCCUCGCCUUUGUUAGUGGCAUUGCCAUUGUCUCCUACUUUCUCUUCCUCUGUGGCUUCCUCGUCGCUCGAGAUCGGCUACCCAAAUACUGGCUAUGGUUUCAUUAUAUCUCCUUGAUCAAGUACCCUUACGAAGCUAUUUUGCAAAACGAGUUCCUGGAUCCGACAGAAUGCUAUGUUAUGGGUGUUCAACUGUUCGAUCAAACGGCGCUUGGGUCGUUGCCACCGCCGGUGAAGAGCGAGUUAUUGACGAGCAUGGGGCGGAUCUUGGGGAGGAAUAUAACGAGUUCAACGUGUUUAACGACGGGGAAAGAUAUACUUAAGCUGCAAGGGAUUACCGAGUUAAGCAAAUGGAACUGUGUGUGGGUUACUGUUGCAUGGGGCUUCUUCUUUAGGAUUUUAUUCUACUUGACUUUGCUGUUUGGGAGCCAGAACAAGAGGAAGUAAAAUAUUCAUACAAAUGUAAUUUUUCUUACUUUUUUGUCAAAAUGUAAGAAUGUAUUGAUCGUCU